AUGAAGUCUGCAGCGUUGAGAGCAUUGAGGAGCGCGCGCCACGGUGCUGUGCAACCCAAAAGUGUUGCUCACAAAAGUCUUCCUCUCACUCUCAACUCACUUCGAAGUUCAUCACAACACGGUUCAAGUCUGAGCUUGAGCGCAUCACGUCACCUUUAUUCAACGCCCGCCAACUUACAAAAUAAGAGUCCCGAACAACUGCAUGAUGGCCUCGGUGAAGAAAGAAAAUGGUCGACUCCCUUAGCCAAGCAAUUGGGUGAAGCCAUUGAGGCAACCGGCCCCGUACCACUCGCCAGUUACAUGCGCAUGUGCCUGACUGCUGAUAUCGGCGGCUACUACACCGGCGCACUCGAGGAGGGUCGCGACCAGUUCGGUUUGAAGGGCGAUUUCGUCACGUCUCCUGAGAUUUCCCAAGUCUUUGGCGAGCUCUGUGCCAUCUGGUACGUGACUGAGUGGAUGGCCCAGGGUCGUCGGAGCAAGGGGGUCGAGCUGAUCGAGGUCGGCCCUGGCCGGGGCACCCUGAUGGAUGACAUGCUACGGAGGUUCCCCGCUAUGGCCAACAGCAUCGACGCCAUUUACAUGGUUGAAGCCAGCCCGGAGUUGAGGGUAGCCCAGAAGAACCUCCUCUGCGGCGAGGACGCCCCCAUGACCGAGUCCAAGGUCGGCUACCACAGCGUGUGCAAGUACAACGCCCUCCCCAUCGUCUGGACCGAGACCAUCAAAUCAAUACCCAUCGCUCCCGAAAAAAUGCCCUUCAUAAUGGCCCACGAAUUCUUCGACGCCCUCCCCAUUCACGCCUUCGAGCUAAUCUCCGUCGGGUUUUUAAGAGCUCACAUCAAUUUUCUCCACGACACCGCGAGGAAUCCAGAUUGA